AUCAUCAUAUUGUCCUUCAAUAGUUUUGAUAUAGAAUACGACAUGGACUGUAAUUAUGACUUUCUGCAAAUCAAUGAUGGUCCGUCUGAAUCAUCUCCUCUCAUUGGACGAUUUUGUGGUACCCAGUCACCCAUUGAUGGCAGGCGAUUCAGCAGCACGGAUAACCAGCUAUAUUUCUUGUUCUCUAGUGACGUUUCUGUGGUUAAAGAGGGGAUCGAGAUGUCCUGGACGGCUUCAGCUUGUGGAGGUCGCCUAAAUGGGCUUUCUGGGUCAUUUCGCUACCCUCUAGAAAGUGACACAAAUUACACAAAUGACGCCAGCUGUGCCUGGGUCAUCACAGUUCCAAUAGAUGAGAUCAUGAUGCUGUCCUUCACGCGUUUUGAUAUAGAAGACGGUGGUCCCAAUUGCACUUUAAGUGAUUUUCUUCAAAUCAACGAUGGGCCAUCUGCAUCAUCACCACUCAUUGGAAGGUUUUGUGAGAGCCAUCCACCAGUGAAUAUCACCAGCACCAAUAAUCAGCUUUAUUUGUGGUUCAGCUCUGAUUCAACUAAUGUUAGAGGGGGAUUCGAGGUGACUUAUUCAGUUAGAGAUGUCUCGGGAUGUGGCACUAGUCGAGUUGGAGACAGUGGGUCAUAUCGAUUCCCAGCAUUUGGCACUACCUAUCAAAAUGAUUUAAAAUGUGAAUGGACUAUCACUGUCCCUGCAGGCAAGACCAUCGUUUUGUCUUUCGGUAGUUUCAACAUAGAAGGCAUGGAACCAUAUUGUUUUGACUCUCUGCAAAUUAAUGAUGGUCCGUCUGAAUCAUC